AUGGCAUCCAAAAGCGCAGCCACCCCGCUCGCCCGCUUUUCGCGCCUGCCUCUCUUAACCAGCGCGACGACAACACAACAAGUCCCCCGCCUUACAGCUCGCUGCUGUACGACUGCGACGACCGCGCAACCUUCGCGCACUGCAGCAGCUUCACAAUCUCGAGUUUCUGCACCGAUACGUCACAGCGCUCUCCCCAACAUCAUUGGAAGGGACUACAGCACCUCCCCCAUUUCCCGCAAAGAAGCUCCACCACCAUCCUCCUCGCAACCCCCUCCCCAGCCCACAGAGCUAAAACCCCCAACACUCUACACCUACCCCGAAAUCGCCUCCCUCUCCUCCUCCCCCGACCCCUCCCGAAUCCUAAUCGACGUCCGCGAACCCUCCGAGCUGCUCGCUACCGGCACCAUCCCCUCCGCGAAGAACAUCCCCAUAAAAUCCUCCGCCGACAGCUUCUUCCUAUCCCCGGAAGAAUUCGAGGAGAAAUACGGCUGGGAGCGGCCGGGGGAGGAUACAGAGGUGGUGUUCUUCUGCAAGGCGGGGGUGAGGAGUAAAGCGGCGGCGGGGCUGGCGCAGCAGGCUGGGUUUGGGGGCAGGGUGGGGGAGUAUGGGGGGAGUUGGGUUGAUUGGGAGGCGAACAAUGGGAAGAUUGAGAAGAUUUGA